AUGUCCAGUCUGAACGUACCUGCUGUUGUCAUUCUUGUUCCAGCAGGGGUAAAAUGCAGAAGACUAAUGGGUCACGGAUAUGGCCACACCGUUCCUCUCUCGGAUGGUGGUAAGGCCUUCUGCAUCAUUUACUCAGUGGUGGGAAUCCCGUUCACCCUGCUGUUCCUGACUGCGAUGGUCCAGAGGAUCAUGGAGUUCAGUACCCGCAGGCCCGUGGAGUACCUACACCGGCGCUGGGGCAUGUCCAAACCUCUGCUGGCCACCCUGCACGCCACUCUUCUGGCUAUAAUAACCAUCUCCUGCUUCUUCCUCAUACCUGCCAUCAUCUUCUCAGUACUGGAAGAGGACUGGAAUUUCCUGGAGUCCUUCUAUUUCUGCUUCAUCUCUCUUAGUACUAUUGGCUUAGGCGACUAUGUACCAGGAGAAGGCUAUCAUCAGAGGUUCAGAGAACUCUAUAAAUUGGGUAUUACAUUCUACCUGAUAUUGGGCUUGAUCGCGAUGUUGGUGGUUCUGGAAACCUUCUGUGAACUUCAGCACCUGAAGAAGCUCAGAAAGAUGUUCUACUUAAGGAAACAAAAAACAGAGGACCAGCUUAACAUAGUGGAUCAUGAUCACCUCUCAUUUGCCUCUGUGUCCGACCAGGCAGCCUCAUUUAGGGAAGAUAAGACAGAUAUGUUUCCUGAUGACAUAGUCUCCGCCUCACCUACUACCUCCAAUGGACCAAUGGACCGAUGAGACAUACUGAAAUUCUGUGUCAAGAAACAACACGUUAAUGUUUCUGAAACAUCUCCGCUAAGAGCAUAAAUGUAUUGUUAGUGUACUCUGCUGUCAAGUUAACCGAAACCAACCAUAGAUACGAAUACUUGAAACACGUGCUGAAGGUAAUUUAUUAUGGAAAAGGAUUAUAUGAAUUUGUAGAAUACAUAAUAUCAUAUGAGAUCAUUGUUCAUGCAGCUGCUGAACUGGAAAACAUGUGACCAGGGUUUUGUGUGUGUUUGUGUGUGUAGGUAAAAGAUAAAUCCAUCCAUGACUCCGAAUAUAAAUAGUUAACUGGUAAGUGGUCAUAGACUAGUAUUACAUACUUCAUAUGCUGUUCUUGUUAGGUGACUUAAAGGGAUCCACAUCCUGUAUUACAGAUGUAUUAAUGGAAAUCAUGUCUUCAGGUUACUAAGUCUGUAGACGUUGCUUAAGGCAGGAAAACACUACAUGACUUUUAUACCAAUUUUUGCCCUGAUUUACAGUCUGGACAAGUCAACACUAUCAGUCUACUGAUUUUAGGCAGUCGAAGUUGACAGAUUUAGCAGAAAAUCAUAUAAUGUGUGUAUGAUGGGCACAGACUCAAUUUUUUUUGAUUCAGAUUAUGAUUCCAUCCAG